CUCAUUUUCUCUUGUUACUCCUUUCCCUAGUUUUCUCUCUUCCUCUGCAAUCUAUUCCAACUGGCAAUGGAAAUUAAAACCAUCUCAACUUCUCUUCCAGUAGCUAGAUUUGUUGGAAUCCCAAUAUUUCACCGAAUUCUCAACUGGGUAUUUCAGAUGCCAUAUUCAAGUUUUCUAUAUCUUCUCCAACUCAAACAUGGCUUUGGAAUCUGUGAAAAAAAUCACUGUCCUAAUCAACUAGCAAGCAAGCAGUCCUUUUGGGAAGAUAAAGGAGAUAAAGAUGGGAAGCUAAGCAGAAAAGAUAUGGAGGUGGUGAUGGAGAAGUUGGGAAUUUUUUGUAACCCUAAUGAUGAGACAGUUCAAGAAAGAUUAGGAUGUGAGGAGUUUUCAGUUUUGUUUGAAGAUGAGGAGCCAAGCUUGGAGGAGGUGAAGGACGCAUUUGAUGUGUUUGAUCAGAACAGAGAUGGAUUCAUAGAUGCAAUGGAGUUACAGAGAGUUCUUUACUGUUUGGGUUUGUGCAGGGGAGGAUUCAAGAUGGAGGAAUGCAAGAGAAUGAUGGAAAACUUUGACACAAACAAAGAUGGAAGGAUAGAUUUCAACGAAUUUCUGAAACUUAUGGAGAACAGCUUCCAGUUAAUGCAAAGGCAUGGGUGAAUUUUGAGUUUAACGAAUUUCUGAAACUUAAUUGGAUUUAUUGCAAAAGCUCCUCUGUGGUGCUAUUUAUGGGCUCCCAAUCAAACACAAACUACAAAAGCAGAUCAUUGCUCUCUUUCUUUUAAAUUUUGGGCUGUCAUCCAAGUUGGCCCAUGGGCCAAUAGGAAUUCUGUUAAAAAAUAUUGAUAACAAG